AUGUACAAUUAUCAUCCUAAAAAUUGGAUUUAUGCCGAGUGCUGUAAAAAUGGGUUUGUUCACAACUUAUGCAUGCAAAAAUACGCCUUAAGCGCUGGCUACUAUUUGAAAUGCAUUUGGUGUAAGAGCGGGGAAUUUCGAGAUGCGGUAAAGCUGCAGGGCAUAUUUGUGCCGGAUCGUGAUGCAAAGUGGGAGCUUGAGCCGAAUGCCUACAGAGAUUUGCAUUGCGGCUACAAUCGUUGUGACAUGACAAAAUGCAAUUGUCCUAGAGGGCGUGAAUACGUUGAAUAUAUAGAAGGACGUAAGUGGUUUUUGACCGUAUGCAAGCUUUGUGGCUCCUUUGGUGCUCAUAAUCCGACUUGCAUACCGGGAUUUGAAAAUUCCAAAGAAAAGGUUGAAGACUUCAAAUGCGAUAGGUGCUUGACAAUCGAACAUUCUCUUUGCUUAUCGCCUAAAGCAGAAAAAAGUAUUAAUGGAUUGUUUGAUGCGAGUCUUUAUAUAAGCAAAGCUCAAAUUAACCCACCAUCACCAUUUUUGCUACAUGGAAAUUCAGAAUUUUCAGACGAUAGUACGUCUUCGAUGGUUACGGUUAUAUUCUCUCAAAACAACAACAAUGGAAAAAGCGUUCCUGAUGAAGUAACAGACACAAAUGGUUUAGUUGAGAACAUUGACGAACCUGUGCAGGCUUUAACUUCAGGCAUGGAUCGACUCUGUUGCGACCCCAAUGAUGAUGAGAAUGUCCAUCUAGAUAUUGAUGAAGUGCAAUCAGAUGACGAAUUCUUAAUUUUAGAUAUGUACGAAUUCACUGAUUCUCUCGAUUGCUUGGCCAAAGUUAAGGUUAAAGUAAAACUUAAUGAUGCACGUUUUGCUGGCAAAACGUUGGAUGAAAUAAAAUGUAGUAAAAAUUUGAUUAAUGCAGAAGAUAUUGUUGAGCGCAGUGGCGAUCUAAGCAUUAUAAACGAAUUUGAUAAAAUUAUUGAUGCUUUGAAAUAA